GGUUCGCUUAUAUGUAAAUCCAGCGUACACCGGAAGCCAUCCAGCGAGGCGGAGUCGACACUCGAUAACAACACAGGGUAGACUGUCCGCCGCUUGACUGCCCAACCUGCAACCGUUUAAAGUGCCGACCAAUCAACAGUAUCCGUGUUAAAUGUGUUUUAUUUACGUAUUUUCUAACGGGUGUUGCGUAGAACGCGAUACGCCGUCGGUAUCUCAAUCACUUUCAACGGCCAACGUCACAUAACGUCACCUAACGUCACCUAACGUCACGCCUACACUCCGGCGUGCGUACGAGUGCAGCAAUACAAGCCUUCAGCAGAGUGACCUGUCCCCGACUUGGAAGCAAAGUCGUUGCAUCAUGGCACUGGCAGGAGUGAGAGUUAUUGAGCUGGCCGGCCUGGCUCCGGCACCGUUCUGUGGCAUGAUCCUGGCGGACUUUGGAGCCCAGGUGAUCCGUGUGGACCGGACCAAGGUGGCCAUGUCUUUGGACAUGCAAGCACGGGGGAAACGAUCCGUGGCCAUCAACCUGAAGACGUCAGACGGUGUAGAUCUGCUCAAGAAGCUCUGUGUCCAGUCUGACGUCGUCCUCGAACCGUACCGCAAAGGUGUGAUGGAGAAGCUCGGCCUCGGUCCAGAGGAGCUGCUGAAGAAGAACCCCCGUCUGAUCUACGCUCGGUUGACGGGGUACGGACAGAGCGGAUCUUACGCCCCCGCGGCCGGACACGACAUCAACUACCUCGCCAUGUCAGGCCUUUUAUCCCGGCUGGGUCGCAGUGGAGAGAAGCCCUACGCUCCGCUGAAUCUGAUCGCAGACUUCGCAGGAGGCGGCCUCUCCUGCGCUCUGGGGAUCGUCCUCGCUCUGCUGGAGAGGACGAGGUCUGGGAAAGGACAGAUCAUUGACGCCAGCAUGGUGAGCAUGUGGUCAUGUGCGUGUGGCGAGCAGCAGCGGCUUCUGGUUUUAUGCACAUUUUACAAAAAUGGUAGAAAUCUUUUAGUGUCGCCAGAAAGUCUUUACUUUUGAGAUGGAAAAGUUGGUUUAUUAAUAAAAGGAAAA